UUUUCUUAUAAAGCGAUCGAUUUUAAUAGCGAAAUCCAAUCGCAAUACGACAUCAUUUCCCGUCAUUUCCAACGGCGAACCCUAACCACACCCAAAACGGCGCCGUUCCCUCAUCCGCAAUGCCCGCCGGAGAAUUCCGCCACCCUUCGCCGCCGCAGGUACCUCCGGGUUCGAUGGAAGAGGAGGAAUGGCUGUGGGGCCACAUCAAGACCGAGGCUCGCCUAGACGCUGAAGCCGAGCCGGCUCUGGCCAGCUAUCUCUACUCCACAAUCCUCUCUCACUCCUCCUUGGAGCGCUCUCUCUCCUUCCACUUGGGAAACAAGCUCUGCUCCUCCACUCUCCUCUCCACGCUUCUCUACGACCUCUUCCUCAACAUCUUCUCCACCGACGCCUCCCUCCGCUCCGCCACCGUCGCCGACCUCCGCGCCGCCCGCUUCCGUGACCCCGCCUGUAUCUCCUUCUCCCACUGCCUUCUCAAUUACAAGGGAUUCCUCGCUUGCCAGGCUCACCGAGUGGCUCACAAGCUGUGGACUCAAUCACGAAAGCCUCUAGCACUUGCACUUCAAGCUCGAAUUUCAGAUGUCUUUGCUGUUGACAUCCACCCGGGUGCAAGGAUUGGAAAAGGCAUCCUCUUUGAUCAUGCAACAGGAGUUGUAGUAGGAGAGACUGCUGUUAUUGGUAACAAUGUCUCCAUCCUCCACCACGUAACAUUGGGAGGAACUGGCAAGUCAAGUGGUGACCGGCACCCUAAGAUUGGUGAUGGAGUUCUCAUUGGUGCUGGGGCGACUAUACUUGGAAACGUGAUGAUCGGGGAGGGGGCCAAGAUCGGCGCAGGGUCGGUGGUGCUGAUAGAUGUACCGCCAAGAACAACAGCUGUGGGCAAUCCAGCCCGAUUAGUGGGUGGCAAGGGACAGCCGACGAAGCACGAGGAGAUCCCUGGAGAGUCGAUGGAUCACACAUCGUUUAUGUCCGAGUGGUCGGACUAUAUAAUAUGAUCUCGAUCGUUCGGUAAUGUUUAGGAUUAUUAUCUUGAUAGGUGGCUGUGAGGACCGUUACAAGGUAACUACAUAUCUUAGUAAUAAAUCCUCAUUGUCUGUGACUGUUAUACUUUACUUGAUUAUGGUAUGAGUUGGAAUAAAUGAAACCUCAUUCUCCA